UUCGCCGCCGCACGCCGUCCAGCUGACAUGCGAGGAUACCGCGGCGUCAAGUACUUCCUGUUUAUCUUCUGCUAUGUCUUCUGGGUGCUGAGCGCCAUCUUGAUUGCGGUAGGAAUCUACGCCAAGGUCGCCAAGGAGAAAGAUGUGGUGGACACGCUAACGUUGGACCCGGCGCUGCUCCUCAUGGUGGUCGGCUGCCUGACUUUCUUCAUCACAUUCCUGGGAUGUUUCGGCGCCCUACGCAACACCCCCUGCCUGCUCAAGACGUUUGCGUCCAUCCUGGCGGUCUUGCUCCUGCUGCAGCUGACGGCGGGGAUUUUGGGAUACGUGUUCUCCGAUGUGGUGCUGGAGCGAACGGAGCGCCUGAUGAUGAAAACGGUGGUUCGCUAUCGGGAGGAUCGGGACUUGGAGAACGCCAUCGACUUCAUCCAGAAGAAGUUCCAGUGCUGCGGCGUGGACGGCUACAAGGAUUGGUCCCGGAACGUCUACUUUGAGUGCUCCGACUCCAAUCCCAGUUUGGAAGCCUGCGGCGUUCCCUUCUCUUGCUGCGUGGUAUCCGCCAACCAGACGGUGCUCAACACCAUGUGCGGUUUCGGGACGCAGCUGUUAGAACGGGAGCUGGCCGAGCGGGACGUCUUCCCGGACGGAUGCUCGGACAAGAUCGCACAUUGGCUGGGUAAAAACACCAAGAUGGUGGCGGGGCUCGCCGGCGGACUGCUGCUCCUAGAGGUCUGCGUGAUGUCGCUGGCUUGGGUGCAGGUGUGCUGGAUUCAAAGAGUCCGCCGGCGCCAGGCGGCGCUAGCGAGCAGGACUGCGUCGCCAAAGAAAGAUGACUUGUGGUUGCCCGCCUUCGCAGACUUUGACGACCAGUGAGAUGGCGUCGCGUCAGAAAAAUCACGGACGAGCGGUUCCCGUCGCCGCCCUCUAAAGGCUAAAUGCGAACAUGACGCAAUCCACUUGAUUGACAGCUGCAAUCGCUAAAUAAAGUCGCCUCAAACUCAACAGGAAGUAACCCAGAAAUGACCCAAAAGCCACUGGAAGUGACAUGAAAAUGCCCACAAACCAACAGGAAGUGACCAAAAUAAACAGGAAGUAACCCAGAAAUGACUUUAGACCAACAGAAAGUGACCAAAAUGAACAGGAAGUGGUCAAAGGUAGAGGAAGAAACCCAAAGUGACCCAAAAUCAACAGAAGUGACUUAAAAAUGCCCCAAAUUCAAACGUGAGAGACCAAAAUAAACAGAAGGUAACUGAGAUAUGACCCGUAAUAAACAGGAAGUCAGUUGAAAAUGCUCCCAAAUCAAAAGGAAGUGACCAAAAUAAACAGGAAGUAACCGAGAAAUGACCCCAAAUCAGAAGGAAGUGCCAAAAAUAAACAGGAAGUAACCCAGAAAUGACCCAAAAUCAAAUGGAAGUGCC